AUGGUUGCCUUCUCCAAGUUUUCCGGCCUGGCCCUCGUCGCCAGCGCCAUCGCCCACCCCGGCGAGAAGCACUCUCCCGAAAAGCUCAAGAGGGACAUCGCCAUCCGUGACGCCCAUGCCCAGAUAGGCGCCCGAUCUCUUGCCCAAUGCGGGAACUCCGCUGGCGCCCAGGCUCUCAAGAAGCGCUCCAUCCAGCGCCGUGCCGAGACCGUCAAGGCACUUCGGGAGAAGCGUGGCAUCAAGAAGACUCGUCGUGACCUGGCUGCGCUGGAGGACUGGGAGGCUGUCAACCACAACUACACGGGCGUUUCUACCAAUGACAUGUUCACUGCCAUUGAGAACGUCUUUGAUGCCAACACCUCUUGCGUCUUGGCGCCCGAGCUGACUGCCGGCCCUUACUACGUCGUUGGCGAAUACAUGCGGUCUAACAUCAAGGAGACAGAGAACUCUGACGGCGUGGACAUCUUCCUUGAGGUCCAAUAUGUCGAUGUCUCUACUUGCAAUGCUGUCCCCAACGUAGCAGUCGACGUCUGGAACUGCAACGCCACCGGUGUCUACUCUGGUGUGAGCGAGAGCUCCGGCCAGGCGGGCAUCGACACCACCUUCUUGCGUGGUAUUCAGCUUACCGAUCACGAUGGCGUCGUCCAGUUCGAGACCAUCUUCCCGGGUCACUACACCGGUCGCGCUAUCCACACCCACUUGCUCGCACACACCAACGCCACCGUCCAGAGCAACGGCACUAUCAGCGUCUGGAACAAGGCUGUGUCGCACAUUGGCCAGCUGUUCUGGCCUGAAGACCUGCGCCAAGAGAUCGAGGCUCUCGAGCCGUAUGCCUCCAACACAGUUGCGGUGACGACCAACGACGACGACAUGUGGGCUCCUCUCCAGGCGGACUCGUCCUACGACCCCUUCCCACAAUUCGUUUACCUCGGCGACGACGUCUCCGACGGUCUGUUUGCAUGGAUCCAGAUUGGUAUCAACUCCACUGCCGACUACCAGAACGACGACUACUAUGGUGUGGUGGGCUACCUUGCUGCCGACGGUGGCCACGCCUUCGAGGGUGGCUCUGGAAUUGGUGGUGGCGGCUCCGCUCCUUCUGGUGCUGGGCCUUCUGGCUCUGUGCCUACCGGUGCUGCGCCCUCUGGCACUGCUGCUCCCUCUUCUUGA